CGGCGGCGCUCUCUCUGAGUCAGUGUGUGUGGUGUGAGGGAAGCAGCAGCAGGCAGCAGCAAAUCUCGGCCCGAUCCUCCGUCUCUCCGUACUACUCUUUACCGUCACGUCAUGGCUUCCUCCGGUGCUCAGACCGCCCAGGCAGCGCCUGCUCUGCAGAGAGGCAUCGUCAAGAUGGUACUUUCUGGAUGUGCCAUCAUUGUAAGAGGCCAGCCGCGUGGUGGUCCACCUCCAGAACGCCAGAUCAACCUUAGUAACAUCCGUGCAGGAGCACUUGCACGCAGAGCUGCAGUUUCUCAGCAAGACUCAAAAGAUACUCCAGAUGAGCCCUGGGCAUUUCCUGCUCGAGAGUUCCUAAGGAGAAAGCUUAUUGGGAAAGAGGUCUGCUUUACUGUAGAGUACAAGACUCCUCAAGGAAGAGAAUAUGGAAUGGUGUAUUUGGGUAAAGAUACAUCAGGUGAGAAUAUCGCUGAAUCCCUGGUUGCAGAAGGACUGGCAUCUCGACGAGAAGGGGUACGGGCUACAACUCCUGAGCAGAACAGAUUGGUGGAGAUUGAAGAACAAGCCAGAGCUGCAAAGAAGGGAGUUUGGAGUGAAGGGACUGGCUCUCACACAAUCCGAGAUCUCAAAUACACAAUAGAUAACACCAGGCAUUUUGUGGACUCCAUGCAUCAGAAACCAGUUAAUGCUGUCAUAGAACAUGUACGAGAUGGUAGUGUGGUGAGAGCGCUGCUGCUUCCUGACUACUACCUGGUGACGGUUAUGUUGUCUGGAAUAAAGUGCCCAACCUUUAAGCGAGAAACAGAUGGCACCGAGUCACCGGAACCCUUUGCUGCUGAGGCAAAGUUUUUUACCGAGUCCCGUUUGCUGCAGAGAGAUGUGCAAAUUGUCCUGGAGAGCAGUCACAACCAAAAUAUCCUGGGCACCAUACUUCACCCUAAUGGAAACAUUACGGAAUUGCUUCUGAAAGAAGGCUUUGCACGUUGCGUAGACUGGUCUAUAGCAGUGUAUACCCAAGGCUCUGAGAAGCUCCGUGCAUCAGAACGUUUUGCCAAAGAACACAAAACACGGAUCUGGAGAGAUUAUGUUGCGCCAACUGCAAACCUGGACCAGAAAGACAGGCAUUUUGUUGCAAAGGUUGUGCAGGUGUUAAAUGCUGAUGCAAUGGUGGUGAAGCUGAACUCUGGAGAAUACAAGACCAUUCACCUUGCCAGUAUCAGGCCACCUAGGCUGGAAGGAGAAGGCUCUCAGGAUAAAAAUAAGAAGCUCCGUCCUCUUUAUGACAUUCCCUAUAUGUUUGAAGCCAGAGAAUUUCUGCGCAAGAAGCUCGUUGGCAAGAAGGUAAAUGUGAAUGUAGAUUACAUCCGGUCAGCCAGUGCAGCCACAGAGACUGUCCCAGCAUUUCCUGAGCGUACCUGUGCUACAAUAACCAUUGGCGGCAUAAACAUUGCAGAAGCCCUUGUGAGCAAAGGUCUGGCCACUGUGAUUCGCUACCGUCAGGAUGAUGACCAGAGAUCCUCACACUACGAUGAGCUCCUAGCAGCAGAGGCCCGGGCCAUCAAGAAUGCCAAAGGCCUGCACAGCAAGAAGGAGAUUCCAAUUCACCGAGUGGCAGACAUUUCUGGGGAUACCCAGAAAGCAAAACAGUUUCUUCCCUUCCUGCAAAGGGCAGGGCGCUCUGAAGCAAUUGUAGAGUACGUAUUCAGUGGCUCCAGACUCAAGCUUUAUAUGCCAAAGGAAACCUGCCUUAUCACCUUCCUCCUGGCUGGCAUUGAAUGUCCGAGAGGUGCAAGAAAUAUCCCCAGUGGUGUUCAGGAAGGAGAGCCUUUCAGUGAGGACGCCAUGAUGCACACAAAGGAGCUGGUGCUGCAACGAGAGGUGGAGGUAGAAGUGGAAGCAAUGGACAAGGCUGGCAAUUUCAUUGGGUGGCUUCAUGUGGAUGGUGUCAACCUGUCAGUAGCUUUGGUGGAACAUGCUCUAUCCAAGGUCCAUUUCACUGCAGAGCGCAGCAACUAUUACAAGACCCUCGUGACAGCUGAAGAAGCCGCUAAACAAAGGAAAGAAAAGAUCUGGUCAAAGUUUGAGGAGAAACCCAUAGAAGAAGUGGUGGCUGUUGUGGAGGAGAAAGAGAGGAAUGCAAAUUACAAACCUGUCUUAGUAACAGAGAUAACAGAUGAUCUGCACUUCUAUGUUCAGGAUGUAGAGACAGGUACACAGCUUGAGAAACUCAUGGAAAGUAUGAGGAGUGAAAUUGCCAGUAGUCCCCCUUUAGAAGGAUCCUUCUCACCACGACGUGGGGAUUACUGCAUUGCCAAUUAUGUGGAUGGAGAAUGGUAUCGUGCCCGUGUGGAGAAGGUGGAGUCCACCUCCAAGGUUCAUGUAUUUUACAUUGAUUAUGGAAAUAGAGAGGUUCUGUCUUCCACCCGGCUGGGACCCAUCCCUACGUCUUUCAGUAUUCGUACACUCCCUGCACAAGCUAUAGAGUAUUGUUUUGCCUUUAUCCAAGUGCCACAAGAUGAAGAUGCCCGUACUGAUGUGAUUGAUAACGUUGUGCGUGAUAUUCAGAAUACUCAGUGCCUGCUGAAUGUGGAGUUUGCUGGUGCUGGCUGUCCACACGUCACACUGCAGUUUGCAGAUUCCAAGGACGAUGUGGGCCUUGGACUGGUGAAGGAGGGUCUGGUCAUGGUAGAGGUGCGGAAGGAGAAGCAGUUCCAGAAAGUGAUUGCAGAAUAUCUGAAUGCGCAGGAAUCUGCAAAGGCUGCACGGUUGAACCUGUGGCGUUAUGGAGACUUCCGUGCUGAUGAUGCAGAUGAAUUUGGGUACAGCCGCUAGAAAGAUGCCAUUCCAAAGAUGACCGAGACCCCGCCCUGUUCCCUACUGCCCAUCUCGCACUCCUUCCUCCUCUAAGAAGUCCCAUCUCAUUGCAUUGUCAGAGGCUGAGGAGAGUUGUUCCAGUAGCUAACAUCUUGUACACUGGAGGGAGCCUGCAGGAUCCAUCCGAGACAGCAUUUACAUCAGUUACCAGUUUCCUAGAAUCUGCGCAUACGGUUCAUGCAUCAACUGCUAAUUUUUAUCUUAACUUUGUUUUUUUAUUUUUUUUAUUUACAGAAAAUGCAUAAUCAUGGGCUGACAUUAGUUUUGUACUACUUCCUCGUAAUUCAGUCCUGAGCCCUGAAAUAAUGUCCUAAACGUUGAUUGUCGAGAUUUUAUCUGUCCAGUCCUAUAAAUUCCUUACAAAUAUGUCAUUUUUUUUUCUCCUUUAUCCGAUGUCCAGGGUCAUAUGUUUUGUCUUGUGUAUUUAAUGGCUCAAUAAAUAACAGCGUUCUAAUCA